AUGCAAAAGGGGCAGAGACACGAUGGAAAGGGCGCAGAAACGUUUGUGUGGGAAAUCAACGACAUUGACUCUCAGCCCGUGGUCACGAAAGUGCUAGAGCCAUCUGAGGAUCUAAAGAACACGCACACAUCUGACAUGAAAAAGGUAUGCAAGAGCCCGAAGAGGUACACCUAACAAUCCCUGCAGCACCGUAUGCGUGCCCAAAAACUGAACUGCACGUCCGUCCCACCGUUCGACUACAGUAGCAUCACCCCCUCCCUGUCCCACUCUAUACCAAAACGGAAGAUUGCCGACUACAGCAUAAUGCUGUCUGAAGUGCUGGA